AGCCGAUCCGAGCAUGCGCAGCCCGGACCCGCGCCAUGGCGGACGGUGGUCGGGAAGUACUGGCUCGUGCACUCCUGCAGCAGUGCCUGCACGCUCGCCUACAAGUGCGCCCGGCCGAUGGAGACGCCGCGGCACAGUGGGUGGAGAUUCGGAGAGGACUGGUGAUCUAUGUGUGUUUCUUCAAGGGAGCUGACACAGAACUUCUUCCCAAAAUGGUCAAUACGCUGUUAAAUGUGAAGCUAAGUGAAACGGAAAGCGGCAAGCACGUCUCGAUCCUAGAUCUGCCUGGCGACGUUCUGAUCAUCCCGCAAGCCACCCUCGGGGGCAGGGUGAAAGGACGGAACAUGCAGUACCACUCUAACUCCGGGAAGGAGGAGGGCUUAGAACUCUACUCCCAGUUUGUGAGUCUGUGUGAAAAAGCUGUGGCCAACAACAGCAAGUGUGUAGAAGCGGGGGUUGCGGUGGCGCACGGCACGUACGGGAACAGGCAAGUGUUAAAGCUGGACACCAAUGGGCCGUACACGCACCUCAUUGAGUUUUGAAAAGUUCCGUCCCACGCCGCUUCCUGUAUACAGCGACCUGGACUAUAGUUAGGUUUGUUUGUUGGUUGGUUUUCCUCAUUCAUCUCGAAGUCACAGAUCUGCAACAUAUUUAGGCAAGAAAAUCCUUUGUUCAACCUGGGCAUAGUGGCACAUUCCUUUAAUUCCAGUGCCCAGGAGGCAGAGGCAAGCAGAUUUCUGUGAGCUGGAAGCCAGCCUGGUCUAUAUAUCAAGCUCUAGGGCAGCCAGGACUACACGGAGAAACUCUGUCUCCAAAAACAAAAAGUUAAAUAUUUAUGCUGGGCAUAGUAGUGUACAUGCCUUUAAUUUCAGCACUUGAGAGGCAGAGGCUGGAGGAUCUCUGUGAGUUCAAGGACAGCCUGGUCUACAUUGUGAGUUCUAGUAUAGGCAGAGCUACAUGUGAGACCCUGUCUUGAAAAAAACAAAAAAAAUAAAUAAAUAGUCUAUGUUUUGAUGCCUUAGAUCCCUACUGCUCACCACACACCCUGAAAUCCCUUUUUUAUAGCUUUCCUACUGUUCUAUUUUGAAACUUAAGAAUCAAUAACUUGAGCUCAUUGUCCUUAGCUUUUGUUUUAUUGAUUCACAGUACAGUUGUUGAAAUGUAAUAAACUAUUCAUAAAGCUU